CGCGACGUAGACGCGUCUAAUCUCCUUCCCUUUCUCUUAGUUUUAUUCUCUUGCACUCAUCAUGCUGGAAGCAAGACUCCAAGAAGCAGCCCUUCUCAAGCGUCUGCUAGACUCCAUUAAAGAGUUGGUAACAGACGCUAACUUUGAGUGCAAUGAAGAAGGAAUCAACCUUCAAGCCAUGGACAACUCCCAUGUAGCUCUCGUUGCCGUCAAGCUUGAUGCAACAGGUUUCAAAAAGUAUCGCUGUGACCGCCCAAUGCCUCUAGGUGUCAAUCUCAACUCCCUCACAAAAGUCCUCAAGUGUGCCAAGGAUGAUGACAUCUGUAUCAUCAAGGCGUCUGAUGAUGCUGAUAUUCUGAAUCUUGUCUACGAAGCAAGAAGUUCUGACCGAAUCGCGGAGUAUGACAUGAAACUCAUGGAUAUAGAUGCCGAGACCCUUGGUAUUCCGGAUACAGAGUACGAUGCACGAGUUACCAUGACCGCGUCGGAAUUCACGAGGAUUGUCCGGGACCUGUCACAACUGGGCGAGUCUGUACGUAUUGAGGUUUCGAAGGAAGGCGUGCGUUUUGCAAGUGAAGGCGAAGCUGCAAACGGUAACGUACUGUUGAAGCAAACUGAGGCUGCCCGAGAGAAGUACGCCAACUAUGGCAAGGAGGAUGAAGAGCCUAAGGAGGAAGACGAUGGCGAUGACGACGAAGAAGGAAGCAGCAGUAAAAAGAAGAUCAAGAAGGAAAAGAAUAUGAAGAAAGAAGAUGCUGACGUCGAGAUGGAGGGUGAGGAAGAGGAUGAAGACCAAGAGGAGUUCAAACCCAAGUCGGACGAUGAGGGUGAGGAGGAACAGGAUGAGGAUGAGGAAGACAAGAAGAGUAGCAAGAAGCGCAAGAAAGCACCCGCAAAGUCCAACGGCAAGCCCGCCAAGAAAGUGAAAAAGUCAGACGAAACUCCUGCAGAUGGAGGGGUCCUCAUUGAAAUGAAUCAACACGUAUCGUUGACGUUCAGCUUGAAAUACCUCGUCAACUUCUCAAAGAGCUCAGCACUAUCAAACACGGUGCAGCUCAUGUUGAGCAACGACGUGCCACUUCUUGUAUCUUACAAGUUCGGACAAGGCGAGAUCAAGUACUACCUCGCACCAAAAAUUGGCGAGGAAUAAACGUACUCUCUCAUUGUAUAUCACUCAUCCUCCAUGUCAAUCUGGUUUUGUAUCUAUGAUAAUUCACCACUUUUUAUGCCUUUUGUGUACAAUAAGCUA